AUGAAGGAGCUCCGGGCCUCGGACGUGUACCAGUCCUUCAUCCGCCUGAAGUGGGCUCCGGUGGAGGAGAACGGCUUUCCCAUCACGGGGUACCUGCUCCGCUACGCCCACAGCGAGGACAUGCAGGACCCCACCGAAGCCACGCCCUCCGUGGCGGCCCGACUUGCAAUGCUCCGAAGGCCUGAGGCGCUGAAGCCGACGUACAGGGGAAUGUUGCGCCCAGAGGUGUCUGAGUGCAAGAACUACUCGAUUUCCGUGCGGGGGACUUUUCUCCACUUCAGCGUCGGAGAGGACCUGCCAAAACAGAGAGCAGCCUCCUGCCCGCCGAAAAUCGAGCACUUCCUUCCCUCCGUCGAUGACGGGGUGAGCUCGAAGGCCAUUGAGGACUCGGCCAGUACGACCGUCAGCGAGUCCGAACAGAAGGUCUCGCAGACGAGCGAGAGUGAUAAGACGUGGGAGAGCGACAAGACCGGCGGCGAGAGUGAGAGGCCGGAGAAGGAGAACACCUGCAUAGGUGACCGUCGCCGGGUCCGGAAGAAGCGGAAGUGCCAAGGCGCGUGCAACGGCGCGGAGGCGGAGGGCUGCUACUCAUGUCAGAGGAAGAUCAAUGAGCUGCUGAUUUCAGCGGCGGCGCAAGACAGGGACAUUUUGUUGGAGGUGGUGUCCAGGAACGUCUCGCGGAUGAACGGCGUGAACCUGGCCACCGCCUUCCAUCGCCUGGCGCGGGCGGAGCCUUCGGAAGCCAGAGACCUUUGCCACAGCCGCACCUUUGAGGCGAUGCUGGAAGCUGCACUCGGGCGAGCGGCCCGGGAGCUGCAGCGCAAGGAUGGAGUACUUCCGGCCAACUGCUGCACCAUCAUUGCCUGGUCCUGUGCGCGCUUGGGCGCGUUCGACCAGCAGCUCUUCGGAGCGCUGGCCCGGGUGGCAGCUCCCGAGCUGAGCCAGUGCCAGUCCUUCGAGAUCACCAACAUGCUGUGGGCCUUCACACAGCUUCACAAGACGCAGCCAGCGAUGGCGGCCCAGUUGGAACCAGAGCUUGUAAGUCUCCUUGACGGAGCCAAAAAGGUUUUCGCUCAGCGAGGGCCGAGGGAGCUGAAGUCCCAGGUGCUGCUGUCGGCGCUGGUCACCGUGGCCACGCUGCCGAACCUCUGCAGGCACUCGGAGACGUGGCUCUUCGCCACGGCGGGCUGGGAGCUUCUGAAGCGCUGGGCGAAGCUAUCGCAGGAGAACAAGGUCCAGGUGGGAGUGGCCAUACAUCACUCACGCUCAAAGGGCGGCCACUUCUUUCACACCGUGGCGGAGCCCAUGAUCAGUCGGUGCCCGGAGCUCGCGCAGUUGCAUCAUGGGUUGGCCCGCAGAUGA